AUGAUGAAGAAUGCGACCAAUACCAAACGAAGGAUCCUCAUUGUGAGUGAUGUAGCAGUGACAUUGAGUGGAGUUGCCACGGCGCUUGGAAAUACCGAACGAAUCCUGUCCAAGUGGGGUCAUGAAGUUCUCUAUGUGACACCCACCACUUUGGAUCUCUGGACCAUUCCACUGAUCGGGGUUGACAAUGGUUUCAAACUGGCAUUCCCUUAUCCUCAUUCGAGCAAGAUUGAGCGGGUCAUUGAUGAGUUCAACCCUGACUGUGUUCAUGUCUCCACGGAAGCAUCGUUGGGGAAAUUUGUCAGAACCCUCUGCCUCAAGAAAGGAUGGCGGUUCUCCACGGCAUUCCACACGAUGAGCGCCGAGUUCUUGGAGUGUACCAUUGGAAUACCUGCUUGGGUCUCAUGGGAGCAGCUGCGUCAGUUCCACAGUGAAUCUGCAUCUGUAAUGGCUCCCACUCAGUCUGUGAGGGGCAUCUUGCAAGAAAAAGGAUGGGACCAUGGAACCCUCAAGCACUGGUCACGAGGUGUCAAUGCAGAACUCUUCUACCCACGGGAAAAGGAUCCUGUCAAGUUCCCGAAACAAAAUGGACCCAUUCUCAUGUAUGUGGGCCGUGUCUCUGUGGAAAAAGGCAUUGAAGAGUUCCUCAAGCUCCCCAUCCAAAAGGGAACCAAAUAUGUGGUGGGGGAUGGAAUGCAACGCCAAUAUUUGGAGAAGAAAUUCCCCAGUGUCAUCUUUCUAGGAUACAUCAAGGGAGAUGACCUGGCAACAGCCUACUCCAAUGCAGAUGUUAUUGUCUUCCCCAGCAAGACAGAUACCUUUGGCAACACCAUUACAGAGGCGUUGGCCUGCGGGACUCCUGUGGCAGCUUUCCCGGCCCCUGGUCCUCUUGACACAAUUGGGAACAAGAAGGAAGUAGGAUCUGUCAAUGAGGAUCUAGCCCAAGCCAUUGAGGAUGCAUUGACGCAUGGGGAUUCAGAGAUCUGUGCAAAGUAUGUGCGCGAGAACUACACCUGGGAAAUUGCCACUCAGCAGUUCUUGGACAAUUUGGUGUUCCGUCACAAUCCCAAGGGACAUGCUCUUGAAGGAGUUCACAAGAAAACUGAUGGUGAUGUUGAGUGUUUGGCACAGGAAAGUGAGAGCAUGCUUCUAGUAUCCUCGAUCAUGUCUCUGGGAGCUGUUAUCUUUGAGGGUCUCCUGCUGAUUACGUAUGUGUUUCUGCGAUGCCUCCGGUUGGUGCCAAGUUACACCUUGAAACUCCUCUUCCGCAACCUCCAAAGGGACGAAUGA